AUGGUGACGGAGUCGAAAUCCGACACCGUGGUGUACCUCCAUGGAGACCUCGAUCUUCGGAUCAUUGAGGCUCGUUACCUCCCCAACAUGGACAUGCUCUCGGAGCGCUUCCGCAGAUUCUUCUCUGCUCUAAACACAUGCACCGCCUCCAUCACCGGCAGGAAGAAGACCGAGAAGAGACACCGCCACGGAAAGAUCAUCACCAGCGACCCUUACGUCACCGUCUGCAUCGCCGGCGCCACCGUGGCUCGAACCCGCGUCAUUGCUAACUCUCAGAACCCUACCUGGAACGAGCAUUUCAAGAUCCCUCUGGCUCACCAGGCCACGGAGCUGGAAUUUUACAUCAAAGAUAACGACAUGUUCGGCGCAGACUUGAUCGGAGUCGCAUUCGUCUCCGCGGAUAAGAUCUUAUCCGGCGAAACCGUCAGCAGCUGGUUCCCGAUUAUCGGCACCUCCGGUAGGCCUCCGAAGCCUAAUUGCGCGGUUAAGCUCGAGAUGAAAUUCACGAAAUGCGAGGAUUCUCCUCUGUACAGAUCCAACAUUGCACCAGAACCUAAUCGGUUCGCCGUUCCGGAUACGUAUUUUCCGAUUCGGCAUGGAGGUUCGGUGACUCUGUACCAGGACGCGCACGUGCCGGAUUCGAUGCUGCCAGACAUUGGAUUGGAUGAUGGAGUUGUGUUUCAGCAAGGUAAGUGCUGGGAAGAUAUCUGCCAUUCGAUCUUGGAGGCCCAUCAUUUGGUAUACAUUGUGGGUUGGUCCAUUUACGAUAAGGUGAAGCUCGUUAGAGAGCCCACUAGGCCUUUACCCAGCGGUGGAGAUUUGAGCCUCGGUGAGUUGCUCAAGUACAAGUCUCAAGAAGGCGUUAGGGUCUUAAUGUUGGUCUGGGAUGACAAGACUUCGCACAAUAAAUUCUUCAUUCACACGGAUGGAGUAAUGCAAACUCAUGACGAAGAAACUCGAAGGUUCUUCAAGCAUUCUUCAGUAACAUGUGUGCUGUCACCUCGAUAUGCCAGCAGUAAGCUUAGCAUUUUCAGGCAGCAGGUUGUUGGAACACUCUUCACGCAUCAUCAAAAAUGUGUAAUAGUUGAUACUCAAGGACAGGGAAACCAUAGAAAGAUAACCGCAUUUAUAGGUGGUCUGGAUCUUUGUGAUGGGCGUUAUGAUACACCUGAGCACAGGAUUGUCCGAGAUCUUGACACUGUUUUUCAGAAUGAUCAUCAUAAUCCUACAUUUUCUGCAGGAGUCAAGUGUCCAAGGCAAGCAUGGCAUGACUUACAUUGCAAAAUUGAGGGUCCUGCUGUGUAUGAUAUACUCACUAAUUUUGAGCAGCGCUGGAGAAAAGCCGCUAGAUGGUCUGAGUUGGGUAAAAAAAUCAAGAGAGUAUCGUAUUGGCAAGAUGAUUCUCUCAUCAAGUUGGAACGCAUUUCUUGGAUUCUCAGUCCUUCUGAGUCAGUUCCAAAUGAUCAUCCUGACUUGUGGGUUUCCAAGGAAGAUGACCCCCAAAAUUGGAACGUUCAGGUUUUUCGAUCUAUUGACUCUGGCUCAGUGAAAGGGUUUCCUAAGGAUAUACUCGAAGCUGAGAAUCAGAACCUCGUUUGUGCAAAAAAUUUGGUGAUUGACAAGAGUAUUCAGACAGCAUACAUACAUGCGAUAAGAUCUGCACAACAUUUUAUUUAUAUCGAGAAUCAAUAUUUCAUCGGAUCAUCCUUUGCAUGGCCAUCCUACAAAGAAGCAGGUGCUGAUAACCUAAUUCCUAUGGAGUUAGCACUGAAGAUAGUUAGUAAGAUUAGAUCCAAGGAGAGGUUUACAGUUUAUAUUGUCAUCCCAAUGUUUCCUGAAGGUGUCCCUUCUUCGGUGGCAAUGCAAGAGAUUCUGUUUUGGCAGGGACAAACUAUGCAGAUGAUGUAUGACAUCAUAGCUCGGGAGUUAAAAGCUGCAAACCUUGAAAACAGCCAUCCACAAGACUACCUAAACUUUUACUGUCUCGGAAACAGGGAGAAUUUAACUGAAGUUCCAAACUCAAAUGCUUCUGUGAUUUCAAAUAGUAGCGAAACGGUUGCAUCUUCCAAGUACAACCGUUUUAUGGUUUAUGUACAUGCAAAAGGAAUGGUUGUGGAUGAUGAAUAUGUUAUACUCGGAUCGGCCAACAUUAAUCAACGAUCAAUGGCUGGAUCGAGAGAUACAGAGAUCGCAAUGGGUGCAUAUCAACCCCAUCAUACAUGGGCUAAGAAACAGAGGCAUCCACAUGGUCAUGUAUAUGGGUACAGAAUGUCUUUAUGGGCGGAACACAUGGGUUACAUCGAUGAAUGCUUCAAGGAGCCUGAAACUUUGAAAUGCGUCCAAAUUGUGAACAAGAUUGCUGAAGAGAACUGGAAUAAGUAUACAGCUGAUUCUUUUGCACCAAUGCAAGGGCACCUAAUGAAAUAUCCUGUAAGAGUAGAUGCAAAUGGCAAGGUCAGCUGCUUACCCGGUUUUGAGACUUUCCCAGAUGUUGGUGGCAAAGUACUUGGCUCACGCUCAACCCUUCCCUCUGCUCUAACAACAUAGCCAUGACCAACCACUAUCAAUGGAAUUUUGUACCAUAUACCUUGUAUAGUCUACGUAAAUAGGCUGCGCUUUGUGAUUACUAAGCAGUUUUCGCUGCCUCAUUGUUUGUACAAUCAGCCACUUAAUCAAAAAUCAAACCACCAGUCCUGUAGGCUAUACAUACCAA